ACUGUCGCUCGCAGGAGUGUCGAGCUGCUCUCAGCGGCUUUAAGAGGCGCGAGAGGCUGAAACCCGUUUCUCCUCUUUUCUCUCCGUUCAGGAAGGCGCACCGAGGAGCGCGCGCGGACUUCAAGCUCUCUUCUCUGGAGAAAGAAAGAACAACUCCUUUUAUUUUCAUCUCUCUCGUUAUAAAUAUUAAUUAACAGCUCCUCGCGCAGAGCCGGGAAAAAAGAAAAAUGCCCAAAGCGGUCAACGUUCGCGUCACCACCAUGGACGCCGAGCUGGAGUUUGCCGUCCAGCCCAGCACCACUGGAAAACAGCUGUUUGACCAGGUGGUGAAAACAAUCGGCUUACGGGAGAUCUGGUAUUUUGGACUUCAGUAUAUGGACACCAAAGGCUACACCACUUGGCUAAGACUCGACAAAAAGGUGUCGUCUCAGGACGUGAAGAAGGACAACCCGCUGCAGUUCAAGUUUCGGGCCAAGUUCUUCCCAGAGGACGUCUCGGAGGAGCUGAUCCAGGAGAUCACCCAGAAGCUCUUCUUCCUGCAGGUGAAGGAAGGCAUCCUGAGCGACGAGGUGUACUGCCCCCCGGAGACCGCCGUGCUGCUGGCCUCCUACGCCGUCCAGUCCAAGUACGGAGACUACAGCAAGGAAAUCCACCGGCCCGGGUACCUGGCGUCCGAACGGCUGCUGACGCAAAGAGUCUUGGAGCAGCACAAGUUAUCCAAAGAGCAGUGGGAGGAGAGGAUUCAGGUGUGGCACGAGGAGCACAAUGGGAUGAUGAAGGAGGACGCCAUGCUGGAGUACCUGAAGAUCGCGCAGGACCUGGAGAUGUACGGACUCAACUACUUCGACAUCAAGAACAAGAAGGGGACGGACCUGUGGCUGGGAGUCGACGCUCUGGGCCUCAACAUCUACGAGAGGGAUGACAAACUGACGCCAAAGAUCGGCUUCCCCUGGAGUGAAAUCAGAAACAUUUCCUUCAACGACAAAAAGUUCAUCAUCAAGCCGAUCGACAAAAAAUCUCCAGACUUUGUGUUUUAUGCGCCCAGACUGCGCAUCAACAAGCGCAUCCUGCAGCUGUGCAUGGGAAACCACGAGCUGUACAUGCGCCGCCGCAAGCCCGACACCAUCGAGGUGCAGCAGAUGAGGGCUCAGGCCAAGGAGGAGAAGCAGCAGCGGCUGAUGGAGAGAGCCCAGCUGGACAAUGAGAAGAAGAGGAGGGAGGCCAUCGAGAGAGAGAAGGAGCAGAUCGAGCUCGAGAGGCAGCAGCUGAUGCUGAGGCUCUACCAGUUCGAGGAGAAGACCAGGAAGGCAGAGAAAGACUUGCUGGAGCAGCAGCAGAGGGCCAUGGCUCUGGAGCAGGAGAGGUGGAGAGCCGAGGAGGAGGCCAAGCGUCUGGAGCGGGAGCGCCAGGAGGCCCUCAUGGAGAAAGAGGCGCUGGCUCGCCACGCCGAGAGCCAGCAGAAAGGCCAGGAGGAGCUGGCUGCAGAGCUGGCAGCGCAGUCCGCCAAGAUCAGCCUGCUGGAAGAGUCCAGGAAGCGCAAGGAGGAGGAGGCGAACGCAUGGCAGCUCAAGGCCUGCGAGGCAAAGGAAGACCUGAGGAAGACCAGGGAGGAGCUGCAGAUGGCGAUACGACAGGACACGCCGCCCCCUCCGCCGCCCCCUCCCCCCAUGUACGACCAUCUGGACGACAACAGCGACAGCGAGGAGAACAACAGCACGCACAGCGCCGAGCUCCCCAUGGAUGGCAUCAACGACCACCGCAAGGAGGAGGACCGCCAGACCGAGGCCAUGAAGAACGAGCGCGUCCAGAAGCAGCUGGAGGCCCUGACCUCAGAACUGGCCCACGCGCGCGACGAGAGCAAGAGGAACGAGCUGGACUUCCUUCACGCCAACAACGUGUUGCAGGGCCGAGACAAAUACAAGACCCUGAAGCAGAUCAGGCAGGGCAACACCAAGCAGAGGAUCGACGAGUUCGAGGCCUUAUAAAGGAGCCGCCGCCGCCGCCGCUGCGCCGCCGCACACCCUUUCUGAAUGGUCACUGCAUCCUGCUCCUCGGCCGAAACAUCAACACACACACACACACACACACACACACACACAGACGCGUGGGCUUGCAGACUAAAUUGGAGCAGUUUCAGCACAGAGAGACGCGCUCCUGUUGCUUCCUUCGCACAAGCUUGGAAGGAAACUUAGUGCCAAAAAACCGUCUUUCUCCUUUUUCUCUUCUUAGCGUUUUCAAGCCCGUUUGUGUGUUUUUGACUGUGUUUAAUCUGAUCCGCCUAAACCAAAAUCUUUGUUUUUUUUGUUUUUUUUUUUAAGCAGCCGUGAGACAGAGUAGCCAGAUUUCGUCUCAUGACGUCUGAUCGAAGCCUCGGUUCUUUUCUUUGUCAGCCGCUGCUCAGGAGGAAAAGCAGUCGGCGGUUUAUAGCGACCACUCAGAAAGGGGAGAACAGUAUAAGCAGGAAAAGAAAUACAUGUUUUUGUUUUUCAUUAUAUUUUGAACACUUCCAUUCAUGUUUAUUGUUGCUAUAAAUUAGGUUAAAAUCCUACCUAGUUAUAUAUUUAUACUGUAUAUGGGACAUUAAAAGGGUAUUUUCUCUUGCUUUGUAUAUUUUUGUUAUUUUGCUAUCUACUAAUGAUAACAAAAGCAUUUAAUAUGUUUUAAAGAUUUUAUAUAUUGACCAAAAACGAGAAGUCUUAUGUUCCAUACAUAACAUCUUUAGAUCACUAAAUUAAAGAGAUUUAAUUGUAAAUUAUUAUUUUUUACUAUAGGAGUUAUCCAACUACAUGCCAUCUAAAAAUCACUGAAGGAGAUCCGUUCACCAUCCAGGUACUUUGAUCGGUUUGUUUUGUUUUUGUUGUUUGCAGUUCGCAGCGUGCUGUGGAACGUCCUCAUCUUCAGAGCACUGGGACACUUAGGUUUUAAUAUAUUUUUCUUCGGUCUGUUCUGUGUCUUGUCGCGUGUAGAGUGGCGGCCUGAGCACCGGUUCGGUGCUUGCGCCCGUUUUAAGUGGCCUUUCUCUCUCCGGCUGCACCUCUGCAGGCUCAGUCCAAGACGGUUGACGAUGCAUAAUCACUAAAACAUUUGGAUGUAACUCUGAAAAAACUUUAGAUUAUGCUUUUUUUUUUUUUUUUUUUUUUUAAAUAGUGUUAGGCCUCCACUAAGGUUGAAAUGAGCAGGUGAGGCUGUAAGAGCUGCUCUCUUCUCUCUGGACAUGGACUAGAGUAGCAUUUACUGACACUGUAAUAGAAACACACAGCUAUGCUGGCCUUUGUAUAUGAAAAGGAUUUUAUAAUGAGGUGUUCUACAUAUUGGCAAUAAAAAAAUCUGAUUAUA